AGUCAUGCCAGCCGUCUCUUCCACAUUCACACCGACACCCACACACAACCACAAAGAGUCGUUGUUCUCAACAUGACCGUUUGGGCAAUUGGAACAACCAACCGCGCCAAGGUCGAGUGCGUGGUCACCGCCGUGAACAAGUGUUUCCCCAACGACGUUCACGAGGUUCGUGCAGUUAAUGUCGAGUCUGGUGUGACGGAUCAACCGAUGUCGGCUGAGGAGACACAGAAAGGCGCCGUCAACCGAGCCAAGGCCGCAUUGAACGCUGUUCCUGACGCAGACUUCGGCAUCGGGCUUGAGGGUGGCCUCGAGCACAUUGGUAAACGAUGGUUCGAAUGUGGCUGGAUGAGCGUCAUAGAGCGCAAAACAGGCAAAUGUGGCAUCGGCUCUUCCGCCCGCUUUGAGAUGAGUGAAACACUGAUGCGGCCUAUUCUCAGCGAAGGCAAGGAGCUCGCUGAGGUAAUGGAUGCUCUGACCGGUGAGAAGGACGUGCGGUCGGGUCUCGGCGCCAUGGGAAUCCUCACAGCAGGGUACCUUGGUCGUGCAGCGGCGUACGAGCAUGGGCUGAUUUUUGCACUUGCACCUUUUCUAUCGGAGAGCAAAUACUGGUAA